ACUUACCAAACAAAUAUUUUAAUUAUUUGAUCUAAUUAAAAGUCAAAAGUCAAUCCAAAAGCCAUACAAAAAGCUGAUUACAAGCCCUUAGCAUUUAAACGCAACCUGAAGCUUCUUUGGUACUUCGAUUAGUUGGCGAAGGAAACUACUUACAUAUUCUUGUUCAUUUUUUCUCUCUCUAUACAUGAUUUCUCUCCAAUCUAAUUUCCUUCAAUCAAUUGAUUCCUCAAUCACUCUUUCUGUCAUCAACUUGAAUUUAUCGCUUCCCAUUAUUUUCAUUAAUUAAAUCCUUGCAAACCACCAAAUUGAAUUCGAAUUUACAAAGAUGCACCAAGGUGUAGGUGAUAGUUCCAAUUCUUAUCACCCAAAUCAAUUUCAUCAAUCCACCUUCCAAAUCCCUAACCCUAAUCCCACUUUUGAUUCUUACGUCCUCAAUCCAUGGCCUGCUGCAUCCGCCUCUGCUCCACCUCUUUCGUCUUCUUACGCUUCGCAAUGUUCCGAUUACGAUUACCCUAGUUAUUAUCCUCAUAAUUCCACUCCUACUGCCCCCUCUUUCCCGCCAAACCCUAACCCUAAUCUCCAUCCUCCUUCCUACGAACACAAUCAACCUUCAUAUUACUCUUGUGAUCAUAAUCAUCCUACCAAAAACCCGAAUCCGAACCCAUCAUAUACGGGUACCAAAUACUCAUCUCCCCCUUCCCAUGAUGCAAACAGCUUGAAUUAUGACCGUUGGAGUGGUUAUGUGGAGCAGGAUCAUGGUAUGUACAGCGAUGAUGGUGUUUAUAGAUAUGAAGGAGGAAAGGUGGAGCCUUAUGGAGCCCGAGGAACGGCUUCUUUUUCAGGAUCUAAUUCACAAGUUAUGUUUGAUGAUUAUGGGCGCCCCAUUAAUCUUUCACAUGGUAAUGAUCGUGGGACUAGAGAUGGGAAUGUUCAGGGAGGAGUAAAGGCAGUACCCAAGAUGGUGAAGGCGAUUCCCAAGGAAGAUGUGGAGGAUGAUGUUACGGGUGGUGUGCAGAAGUUUCGCGUCAAAGUUUUGGCUGAGGGUUAUGGUCAGAGUGAUAUGGAUGUUCUUUGCCAGAUUGGUUUGGAUGGGAUUCGAAUGCUCGAUCCUGCAACAGGUCGGACACUGAGAAUAUAUCCUAUUAAGGCAAUAACAAGAUGGGAGGUAUUGGAUUCCUAUAUAUUUGCAUUUUGGGCCAAAAUGCCAACAGACGUUGAACCACAACGCAUUAGACUAAAGUCAAACAGCUAUACUACUAAUACAAUAUUAGACACAGUUACAGCAGCAAGUGUGCAGGUUAAAGAGAUAGGUGAAAGAAGAGAAUCCAUCCCAUUCAAGGCCUCUGAACAGCUAGCUGAUAAGAAGAAAGGUUUUGUUGACUGGGUGAGCUUGAUCAAACCCCAAGAUGAGGAGAAAGAUCACUGGGUUCCUGAUGAAGCAGUCAGUCAGUGCACGUCAUGUGGUGCAAACUUUAAUGCUUUUGUUCGCAAGCAUCACUGUAGAAAUUGUGGUGAGAUCUUUUGUGACAAAUGUACUCAAGGAAGAACUCCUCUUACAACAGAUGAACAAGCACCAUCAGUUCGAGUUUGUGAUCGUUGCAUGGCUGAAGUCACUGAGAGGCUUGCCAAUGCUAAGGAGGUUGCUAAUAGAAGUGACUCAUUUUUAAGUCAUGAGGAUUUGGCUAAAAAGCUUAAGGAGGAGAUGAGUAGAAAUUCGAAGUCAUCAGCAGGUUUGAAGACGGAAGGUUCUCUGACACGGAUGAGAGAAGUUGAAUGUCCCACUUGCACAGUCCACUUGCAGGUUGAAGUUCCAGCCUCUGGUUCGGAGACUAUUGAGUGCAGUGUUUGUCAGAAUCCUUUCCUGGUUAGCGCACACUAAUUAACAGCAAACUUUUGGACCCUUAUUUUGAGUAAUAUAUGUAUUGUGGGGGAAGCGAUCACCAUUCACCGUUAGAUUAAUUGAAAUGAGUGCCUCUUAAUAUAUGUUUGGUAUGGGACUGUGGGUAUAUAAUAUCUUACGCAUAUGAGCCAUGAGUCUGUUGAUAUGAUACACUUGCUAUGAUAUUAUGGUUGUCUGUAAUUUGAAGAACUUUUUUUUUUU